GACGGUCACGCCGUUGUAACGUCAUUUAACUAGCUAAGUUACAUACCGGCAGACACGUUUUUGUGCUUUGUGCCUCGCCAGAGGACAGCGUAUUGCUUGCAAGUCAUCUGAACUGAACCGACGUCCGUUCUCCUAUGAUUUUGCUAACCUAACGAGCUACUCUGAUAUGUGUGUGCUAACGUUAGCAGCUGAAGCUACAGAUGUUUAACGCAUGCCAAGCUUGCUAACAGAAGCCAGCUUCAGUAGCAUGAAUCAGGUAAUGUUGACUACAUUGUAGCGCUAGCUAACGUUAACAACGUUACAGUAUCAAAGUCGGGGCAAAUGUACAGUAUAUAUUCUGAAGGUACCGUCAGAUCUCAUUGAGCUAAAGGGGAGCGGGAGACACACAUGCAGAUCCGAUGUAAACUACAUGUGCUCUUGAACUCUGAAAUGCUUUUCACGGAGUUGUGUGCACUAGUUAACGCUACUUGUGUUUACAUCCCUUUACAUUCAUUCGCUAGCUUUCUCACCCAAGCGCGAUAACAUUAGCUUAUACUCUGUAUGCAACUGAUGUGCAACUUAAUCAAGUGGCCAAACUGUAGCGGACGGACUGAACUGAAUCUCACUUCAUGCUCUGUCAUGACACUGGUCCCUCCCUCCUCCAUGAAUGUGAGGCCCACGUACUCCAGCACCGGUCUGUCAACAUUUAAAGAACAAGCAUGAGUAGCCUGGAUCAAGACCAGCGUCCCCAUCCUAGUUGCCGUGACAAAACAACAGUCUCUCGUGAUUCAUCAGACACUCAUGAGCUCGCCAAGCAGCCUCUCCAAGGUCUAAAAUUGGCAUCACAUGCAGCGCUGGAGGAAGCGCAGCAGAGGGGCAGGUUGAAAUGCACUAAAUGUGGAGGAUCAAGGAUGUUCUUCUGCUACACAUGCUGCUCAUUAGUGGGUGUCACUCCGCAAGAAAUCCCCUUAAUCAAGCUCCCCUUGAAGAUAGACAUCAUCAAGCAUCCCAAUGAGACAGAUGGAAAGAGCACUGCAAUCCAUGCCAAGAUCCUUGCCCCCAGUGACGUCACCAUAUACACUUACCCAUGCAUACCUGACUAUAAAAAGGAAAAGGUGGUGUUGGUGUUCCCUGGGCCAGGUGCUGUCUCAGUUCAAGACAUGAUGCAGUGUUUGCAUGACCAAAGUGACAGCAAGUCACAUUACACCUUUGAUGAACCCUGCAUAAAGAGGCUGAAAAGUGAGGAAAUUGAAGCCGCCGCACACAAUGCAGAGAACCCGGGGUCAGGGACCGCAGAUGAAGCAAAGGACUUGGAGUCAAGGGAGCAUCCCCUAGAGAGAGUGGUCUUCAUUGACAGCACAUGGAACCAGACCAACAAGAUCAGCACAGACGAGAGACUGCAAGAUUUGCUCCGGGUAGAGCUAAAGCUGAGGAAAACAUGUUUCUGGCGACAUCAGAAGGGCAAACCAGACACCUACCUAGCUACUAUCGAGGCAAUUUAUUAUUUCCUCAAGGACUUCCACGAGCAUUGCCUUGCUCAAGAGUACAAUGGAGAAUAUGAUAACCUUCUCUUCUUCUACUCAUACCUGCACUCGGUUGUCAACAGAGCUAAGACUAGAAAAUGCUGAGAGGAAAAACUGAAAUCAGCACCAAGAGAACUGUAGCUGAAGAGUAGAUUCAUGCAAGCUUUGCUGUGUCCAGCUUUAUUUGAUGGCUGAGUGAUUUUAUUUUGUAAGGGAUCCCAUGACAUCUAUUUGUAUAAGGAUAUGCAAUAAAACACAAAUGGUUUACAAUUGCGAAACAUGAAUGAGGUGUGUUUGAU